AUGACCCCAGUGACGACGUCAAAAAAGAUUCCAUUCAAGGAGGAAGGUAUUUGCCAGAAUUCCAUACCCUAUUGUAGUGAACCUCCAACCCUAACAGAGCCGCUCCACUAUAUGCUUCUCAAAAUGAGGUGUUCCUUCCUUGUCAUUUUUCUCAUGCUCUUUCACAACACAAUCGAUGAUGAUUUGAUCCAACAAUAUUGCAAGAAAGCCGCAGAUCACGAACCAUCUGUGAACUACGACUUUUGUGUCUCAACCAUUGAAGCCCACCCUAAAAGCCAUAGUGCACACCUUGCAACACUUAUAAUGACUGUACUUGACCUAGCCGGAGCCAAGGUGACCAACUUCAAUUCACACAUUCAAGAGCUAAAGAAGGAUCCAAAAGUUGACCAACCUACAUUACAAGACUACGAAGAAGUAUACUUAGAUGCCACUAGUAGCAUGCAGGAAGCUACCAAUUCCUUCAAGGCCAAGAAUUAUGAGUCGACUCUUAAUACUCUUAGUGCUGCUAUGAAUGCACCUGAUACUUGUGAAACUGGAUUUCAAGAGAGGAAAGCAGUGUCUCCCUUGAAGAAGGAGGACGAUGACUUCACUUAA